AUGGGAAGAGUCCAUAAUUCCACAUUGACAGAAUUUAUCCUAGUGGGGCUUUCUGCUCACCCAAAGCUACAGACAGUUUUCUUUGUGCUUGUUUUGUGGAUGUACCUAGUGAUCCUGCUUGGCAAUGGAGUCCUCAUCUCCGUGAUCAUCUGUGAUUGUCACCUGCACACUCCCAUGUACUUCUUCCUCUGUAAUCUUUCCUUCCUGGACAUUUGUUACACAAGCUCCUCCGUCCCACUAAUUCUUGACAGCUUCCUGACAGUAAAGAAAAAAGUCUCCUUCCCUGGAUGCAUGGUGCAAAUGUUCCUCUCCUUUGCCAUGGGGGCCACAGAAUGUGUGCUUCUAGGUAUGAUGGCACUCGACCGCUAUGUGGCCAUCUGCAACCCACUGAGGUACUCUGUCAUCAUGACAAAAGGUGUCUAUAUGUCUAUGGCAGCUGGUUCUUGGGCCAUUGGACUUGUGGAUUCAGUAGUGCAGACAUCACUCACGAUGCAACUGCCAUUUUGUACUAAUAAUGUCAUUCACCAUUUUGUCUGUGAAAUUCUGGCUCUGCUGAAACUGGCCUGUGCUGACAUUUCCACCAAUGUGAUCAGCAUGGCAGGGUCAAAUCUGAUUGUUCUGGUGAUUCCAAUACUAAUCAUUGCAGUCUCAUACAUUUUCAUUGUUACAACUAUCCUGAGGAUCCCUUCUACUGAAGGAAAGCGUAAGGCCUUCUCUACCUGCUCAGCCCAUGUGACAGUGGUGAUCAUAUUCUAUGGAACCAUCUUCUUCAUGUAUGCAAAGCCCAAGUCUAAAACCAGUAUUGGUGCAGAGAACCAAGACAUUAUUGAUGUUUUCAUCUCCCUCUUCUAUGGAGUCGUUACCCCCAUGCUCAAUCCACUCAUCUACAGUCUGCGGAACAGGGACGUAAAGGCGGCUCUUAAGGUUAUGCUGGGUAGUAAAAACUUUUCCGAUGAAGCAUAA